AGCUCGAUGAGGAUGGAUCGUCUAAAAGAUACUCUCUCCAAGGCUGUCUUUACCCCCUCUUCUCUGAUGUCUUCCAGGGGGGGCCUGCACAUGUCUCAGAUCGUGCUGUGUCUGGUCACCUUCAUCCUGGCCGCCAUCCAGGGAGAGACCCAGCACACCUACUGGAACUACGCCCUGUUCGUUUGGGCCUUCUGUCCCCUCUUGACCCUUUUCGUCACCAUCAUCGAGAUGUUCGCCCUCAAUAUCCUGCUGGAUUUCUGCAUGGACUGGGAUGACUUCACCACGGGCGUGGCGAUGUCCUCCGCUCUCAUGACCCUGUCCAUCUUCAUCAUCUACGCCAACUUCUACGCCUGCCGUGUUUGUUUCUAUUCCUGGGUGGUCAGCGGCUUCGCCCUCCUCUGCGGCGUGUUGUACGCCCUCGAGGUGAUCAAGGAUAAGUUCCUGGACGGGAAGACAGGCAGAUACCUGGCAGCUUUGCCCGGAUUCUGGAAGGUGCUGGAAGCUUUUGUCAGCUGUAUUAUUUUUGUCUCUUUCACAGGCUACGAUGGAAAACUGACCCUGAUCCUGUGCCUCAUAGCUUACAUCAUUCCCUUCCUCAUCAUUCCUUUAAUCAUUGCUACAAACAUCCUAAAAUCCCUCAAGAACUGUUUGCCGUUUAACAUAGACCGCUUCACUUUUAUAUUCUUAAUCAUAUCUGUGGUGCUUUAUUGCUGCACUGCACUUGCCUAUCCAAUCUACAUCUUCCGGAACAAUCCUCGACCCAGUGACUGUCCAGGCAGCUUCUGCAUAUGGGCCAUUCAGUUUAUUGUGGCCUUUAUGACAUAUGUUAACCUGAUUUUUUUCAUAAUAGACCUGGUUUUUACCCUGCUAGGAAUAUGUGGUUUUAAACGAACAUAGU